AUGGGUUUAUCUUGUUCCUGUAAUGAAGGGUACAAUAAAACAGUAUUAAAAUUACAAAACUCUGCUCAGUUUCGUACAAGAAGACGUGGGUGUACGUGUUAUUUUAGAAGACCAAAGUGGCUUAUGAUAAGACGAAAAAGAAAGAAAAGGGUAUACUUUGCGUCUAAAACCUUUCAAGCUAAACAAAAUGAAGGACCUCAAACCGUUAUAGCCUGUGUUCCGAAUGAACAAUGUAAUUGUCUAAAUAUAAAAGGCUGCUGUUCACGUGGAACUGACACAUGUUUUUGCGAAGAGAAUUUAUGUACGGGUGAUAUUAAAAGCACAGACAGAAUCAGCAAGAAUGUGUGUAGAUUCACUGUCGAUGCUUAUUUCUCGUAG